AUGGAAGUCUACCAGCAAAUAGCCGAGAAAGGGAUCUUGUCGAAGCCCCGACCACUCAAGGACCGCACGGAGGAAAACAAGAGCCUCUACUGUGACUACCACAAGGGCUAUGGACACCAAACACAAGACUGCUUUGACCUGAGGGAUGCAUUAGAGCAAGCCAUAAGGGACGGUAAACUCUCAGAAUUCUCCCAUCUUAUAAGAGAGCCGAGGAGGCGACAUCGGGACUUGGACGAUGAAGGAAGGACCCGGUCGACAAAGCGACGACAAGAGCCAGAAGACAAAGACCACGGUCUCACCGUGAUAAAUGUGGUAACCGCCAAAAACGUGGCACCAAGGUCGAGGUCGGCACACAAGAAAGACGCCAAGAUCCUAGCGGUCUCCUCCACGCCGAUGCGAAGCUCGAAGAAGCCCCCAUCUAUCUCCUUCGGCCCGGAAGAUCAGUGGUUCAACGAGGCCCCUGAAAAUCCACCCAUGCUCAUUACGGCCAGGGUUGGGACAGGUCUCGUAAAACGGAUCCUUGUUGACACGGGGACAGACUCGAACAUCAUGUUUCGCAACGUGUUCGACGCUCUGGGAUUAAAGGACGCCGACUUGUCGACUCACCAGCACGGGGUCAUCGGACUAGGCGUCCACUUCCUCAAGCCAGAUGGAAUAAAAUCCCUGCCGAUAUCCGUUGGACACGUCCAAGGCCGAAGAUCGGCGAUGGCUGAGUUCGUGGUCCUCCAAUAUUCUACGGCCUACAACAUCAUUUUGGGGAGGAAGAUGAUUAACGAUAUUGAGGCAAUAAUCAACACAAACUACUAG